GUGUACACACACACGCACGCACACCCCCGGCUGCCGCCGCCGGGGGAAAGACCAGAUGGGGAAACACUCUCCCUCUAAUUGUCCUACAUCUCCGGGAGGGUGAAGAUUAGGGCUGCUGGAUUUAUGCUGAAUUUUGUUUUAAUUUUGUAUUCAUUUUGUGCCUUUCCUCGCAUCCCUCCCACGCAGCUUUCCCAGCCCCGGCGGCUCCCGGCGCCGCUCGCGUCCCCCUCGCCGGUGCGGGGAGGGAGCUGGGGGAUGCUCUGCGGGAACCGAGGAUUCGGGUGUCGCGGUUGAAGAGCGUUUCUCGCAGCCGCGCUCCCCCCGCCCUGGACCCGGCUCCCCGGGGGCUCCUGCUAAAGCUCUCGGCAUCUGGCUCCGUGGAAUAUUCCCUUCCACAGCCUCUCUGCCUUCCUUCUGUUCGCAACCUUGAGAAAUUGCAUUCGGCAUGAGGAGGCUGGAAACCAUCUCAAGGGACCAGUAAUGGGGGGAAAGGGGUGACGCCGGGGAGGAGGUCGGAGCGGCCCCAGUUUGCUGUCUGCACCUUCAAACUGCACCUACGUACGUCUGCAAAGCGAGAUGCACAGGAACAGAAGGGAUUAAACGAGCUGCUUCAUAUUGUUGCCCCUGUUCCUGCCUUUCCCGUGACGCCCAUCCCUGGAGCGGUGGGAAUCGUUUGCGCUCCGACUGGACGUCAGCCUGUUGGCAGCUCCACAGCCCUUUUGCUCGUAUCAAACUGCCCCUGCUUUAUCUGGGGUGACAUUUUGGGAGAUUCAGGUGAUGCUGGAGCGAUGGAGACAAAGGAGGCGAGCACGGUGUUUCAGACUGACCUUGAUUUUAUUUAAUGAGCACCAAAGCGAAGGAGAGCCAGUGAGUCAUAUGCCAAGGCGACUGAAUUCAGGCAGAGGAUCGCUCUCUGCACCGGCUUCUGAGGCAGAUCUGGAACUGCAGGAUUAAUGGAGACGCAAUGACAGCGCAGGGCAGGGACUGAUGCUUCCUCACCUCACCGGCCACCAUGGAGCUGGCGAAUACCAAAGACUUCCAGUGGAAAACCCUCGCCCCGCUCCCCAGCCGCAGGGUCUACUCCACCUUGGUGGAAGCUGGCGGGCAGGUCUUUGCCAUCGGGGGCUGCGAUGACAACGGGGUCCCCAUGGAUUGUUUUGAGGUCUAUUCCCCCGAGGCCGACCAGUGGACCUCGCUGCCCCCCAUGCCCACGGCCCGCGCCGGGGUGGCCGUGGCCACUUUGGGCAAGAGGAUCAUGGUGAUCGGAGGGGUCGGAGUGAAUCAGAUGCCGCUGAAGAUAGUGGAGAUGUACAAUAUAGAUGAGGGCAAGUGGAAGAAGAGGAACUCGCUGAGAGAGGCGGCCAUGGGCAUCUCGGUGACGGCAAAAGACUACAGAGUCUAUGCGGCUGGUGGGAUGGGAUCCGACCUGCGGCCGCACAACUACCUGCAGCACUACGACAUGCUCAAGGACAUCUGGGUGUCGCUGGCGGCCAUGCCCACACCCCGCUACGCUGCCACCUCCUUCCUGCGAGGCUCCAAGAUCUACGUGCUGGGUGGAAGGCAGUCCAAGUAUGCUAUCAACGCCUUUGAGGUCUUCGACACUGAGACCAGAUCGUGGACCAAGUUUCCCAACAUCCCCAACAAAAGAGCCUUCUCCAGCUUCGUGCCUACAGAAGACAAACUCUUCAGUCUCGGGGGCCUGCGGCAGGGCCGGCUCUACCGGCAGCCCAAGUUCAUGAGGACCGUGGACAUGUUUGACAUGGAACAAGGUGGCUGGAUGAAGAUGGAACGCUCCUCCUACCUGAAGAAAAGGCGAGCGGACUUUGUGGCUGGCUACCUGAAAGGCAGAGUCGUUGUGGCUGGGGGACUAGGAAACCAGCCGACUGUCCUGGAGUCCGCAGAGGCCUUCCACCCCGAGAAGAACAAGUGGGAGAGCCUCCCCCCCAUGCCCACCCCGCGCUGCGCCUGCUCCAGCAUCGUGGUGCAGAACUGUCUGCUGGCGGUCGGUGGGGUGAGCCAGGGCCUGAGCAGCGCCGUGGAAGCCCUGUGCCUCUCCGAUUCCUGACCCUGCUGGUGCUGAGCAGCUGCUGGUGGGGCUGAGUCUGGGGGAGCAUCACCCGAGCUGCCCCAGGAGCCUGGUAGCUAAACCCAGCCUUGCUCUGGAGCCAGGGCUGCUGUUCCUCUCCCUCGUGGGCACUGACGUUCCAGCCCCAUGGAGGGAAGGAGCAUUUUGGCCAGGGGUCCCCUCCAGUCGUCUUCAGAACUCUGCGGGGAAGCCCAAGUGAAGGACCAGUUCAUAGUGUCUCCUACCAGCAGAGGGACUCUGGAGAUCAGGGCAUGGGCAAGUCCCUCCCUGUGGCCAUCAUCACCCGCUACCAGAGGCGAUGGGUUCAGAGGUGUUAGGAGCAUCCAGACAGGUCAGUUGUGGCUCAGGGAGAACUGAGGUGACGUUGCCAUCUCUGAGCACCCUGGAAUCGACGUGUGUGUUUCCCUGCACAGAUCCCCUUGGCUUGCAGCAAGGGAAGCUGCUAACCUGCAGCCAGAUUCGGGGGAUCAUUCUCUUGCCUUCAUAGCAAGGCUUUUCCUGCAAGCCCAUAGCAUUUGAUUGUCGUUUUGCCAGGAGCCAGAGCACUGCUCCUGGGAGGGAUGAAUACCCAAGGGACCGUUUAGGCUAGAGGGAGGACCUUCUUGGCACAGGGCUAGCACAGAUACUGCCUUUGUCAUGUUUCACACAGAGAUGGCUUUGCUGCCAGUGAAGCCAGAAGCCCCUGGCUAUCACCUGCUCUUUGGUUUUCUUCUGCCCAUGCAGUUUGCAGGAGGGCUGUCCACACCGUGGGGUUACAAUUGUAGCUGUAGCAGUUGCACCAUUAAAAGCUUGUCUUUGGAGA